AUGGCGUCCAAAGCUAUCAUUUUUGGAUUUCUCAUUGUAACGUGUGUCGUUGCCGUUUUCGCUUCUGAUCCUAAUCAUCUUCAAGACCUUUGCGUUGCUGAUCCAAACAAUACAGUGAAAGUGAAUGGAGUUGUGUGUAAAGAUCCCAAAGUUGUGACAGCGGAUGAUUUCUUCUUCAGUGGACUUGACAAAGUAGGAAACACAUCGAAUCCAGUUGGAUCUCGAGUGAGCCCUGUGAAUGUGGUUCAGGUUCCUGGACUCAACACUCUCGGUAUCUCAUUGGCACGUGUCGACUAUGCACCGUGGGGUAUCAACCCACCUCACACUCACCCGCGUGCCACUGAGAUCUUGACCGUUCUCGAAGGAACCCUCCUCGUCGGUUUUGUCACCUCCAAUACCGAGAAUCGUCUAUUCACCAAGGUGCUUGAAAAGGGUGACGUGUUUGUUUUUCCCAUUGGUCUCGUUCACUUCCAGCAGAAUAUCGGACACGGACCCGCAGUUGCUCUCGCCGCUCUUAGUAGCCAGAACCCGGGUGUUAUUACCAUUGCUAAUGCGGUGUUUGGAUCAAAGCCCGACAUCUCAACUGAUAUUCUUGCAAAGGCUUUCCAAACUGAUAAAUCCAUUAUCGCUGGAAUUCAAGCCAAGUUCUAGAGACGUGAUUGGUUUAGGUUUAUAAUUAUUACUUUUUUAUGUUUUGAGUUU